AUGGAGUACUUCGAUUUCGAGGGUGCCUCGUCCACCUACGGAUCCUAUGCUCCAAGCGAUGAUCUUGCUUCCCUUGGCCAGGUGACUGACCAAUUUGAGGAGCGGGAUGAUGACUUUGAGUCGCUACUGAUGGACGGCACCAUUGCGCCGGAGUCGGCCGAGCGACAUGGGGGUGGCUCUAUCGGCCCCGAUCAGGACACCGGAGUCUACCCCAUGUUCCGCGCCCAAGAGCCCUGCGACUUUUGCCGGCAUAAGAACUUGGAUUGUUUUGUCGCUAAACGUGGGAUGAUGCAGAAUGAAUGUACCUGCUGUAUCUCACUCCGCCGUGGUUGUAGUUUCCUCCUCGAUAAGGUCACUGGUGCCUUUCUUGAACCUCUCCACCCGGUGUCAGAGAACGCUUUGACGACCUCGAACAAUUUUGCCAUCGACCAGGAGAUCAAAGCGACGUCAUAUGGAACCGUCGAGGACGAGCCGGAUGUGUCAUCUCGAACGAAGAGUGCACGAUUCUCACGCAAAUCCAUCACUUUUCUAAAGACCUGGCUUCGUGAUCACCACCACAACCCCUACCCCACAGAGGCCGAAAAGGAGAAUUUGAAGCUGGCCACUGGCCUCAGUCGAACACAGAUCUCAAAUUGGCUUGCCAACGCGCGAAGGCGCGGCAAAGCUCGGCCUGCUCUCGGAUCAUACCUACCGGCAUCGAGAGCGGUCGAUAUCCCCGGCCAGGCGCACCGCCCUCAAGACACGACGUUCAUGACUCCUCUUGAACGUUGGAAAUACUCUCCUCCUGAGAACGAACCGGCUGCUAUAGGUGAUAUCACUCGCGCCUUGGCCAAUCCUCCAUUCGAUUCGUCGCGUCAGCGUUGGCCUCAAGGCGGUCACGUGCGACCCCGUCGUCCAGGGUCCAGUACCAAUGAGUCAAGUCACGCAAGCUCAGAGCAUAAAAGAUAUACCGCCUCGGCCAGUAGUCUGGAUACCAGUCGAUCAUCUUUCUCUGACAGAUCUUUUGUCUCUGCACUCUCCCAUCGAUCCUCUCCAUCCUUCAAAUCAAUGGAUCGUAAAGAACGUCGCCGCCGCCGCAAACCCUCUCUACCAGCAAAUACUUUUAAUCAACAAAAGGUCAAGGCAGCUCGACCAUUCAAGUGUACCUUCUGUACGGACUCCUUCGCCGCCAAGUAUGAUUGGCAACGCCAUGAGAAGUCCAUGCACUUGAUCUUGGACAAGUGGAUCUGUUCACCUUUCGGGGGUGUCACUGAAAAGGAUGGAGUCCCUUGUUGUGUUUUCUGCUCCGCGCCUCAACCCGACAGGAAUCAUCUCGAAACGCACAACUACUUGGGUUGCCAGGAAAAGUCUGUACAAGAACGAACGUUCUACAGGAAAGACCACCUGAAUCAGCAUCUUCGACUGAUGCACAAUUCCAAAUUCCAGCCCUACAUGGAGAAAUGGCAAAGCAGUAUCUCCGAUAUCAAGUCCCGAUGUGGAUUCUGCGGCCUUGUCAUGGAAACUUGGAAAGAUCGCGUGGAUCACCUCGCAGGCCAUUUCAAGAAUGGUGCGAGCAUGGAUCAAUGGCAGGGAGACUGGGGCUUCGAACCCGCAAUUUUGGAAAGAGUCGAGAAUGCCGUUCCUCCAUAUCUGAUUGACUUCGAAUGGAGAUCUCCGGAUCCUUGGGGCGGUGCUCAAGUGCAGGCGGAUGACGCGUCAGCUCAACAGUCGUCAGGUGCUACUCCCAACUGCUACAUGCACAUCUCACGUGUACUCACCACCUAUGUUCGUGAUCAACUGGCUCAAGGAAUCAUCCCAACCGACGACAAGCUGCAGGCUGAAGCACGUCGCGUAGUCUACGGGGAUGACGAUGACGGCUGGAACCAGACUUGUGCAGACAACCCUGUUUGGCUGGCACAAUUGAAACGAGACACUGGCCUUGAUCCUCUCAUUCCAAACCAUGUUGGACUAAUGCCUAGUCACGGGAUGGAACCACCCUUUAUGGCUCAUAUGCACUCGCCGCCGCCUGAUCUCGCCAGCAAUGCAAUGACGCUGGAUGUGCGUGCCGAGCCGAUCACUGGUCCAUCCGUCCCAUCCCCCAGCCUUCAGAACUCCAAUUAUUUCCCACUGGGCUUCACGCCCGUUAUGUCUGCUGCACAGGGAAGCCUGGUCAGCACCUACAUUGGGAGCACAGGGAUCAUUGCACCUGGCAUGCCGGCAUUUGCGUCUAAUUGGAGCGGCGGCAACUCAAUACAGCCUCACUUUGACUCGGCUGUUGGUGAGGACCGGCAGCCUGAUACACUGGCGCAGAUACGAUUUGACCAUGACUAUCUUCAACAUGCUCAUGGCGGGUUCAGCGAGGCCAUGGCGCCUCAUUUGCAUUCAUUGUCGUCUCGUACUCAGAUUGAAAGUCAAGGCACAGGAAACUCGCCGUGGCAGAGUCCAUUCAUGGAGUCACCGCCGCUUGUCGAUGAUUCAGCUGUUCAUCCAAUUGCAGCUCGCUAUGCACACGGGGAAUUUCCACUUCCGUCACAAAACGGCCAAGCUGGGCCCCAACGAGGUCCAAAUGACUCGCUCGAGUUCUAA